UGGAAGAAACAGAACCGAGAAAGACGGGGGAAAAGGGCGACCGCGCAUGCGCCUCCAUCUGUUUCCUAUAUCCGACCUUGCAAGCAGACAACGGCGGGCUGGGGGUGCAGAGCGGGGUGUGAAUGAUGCUGGGUAGAAGGUGAAGUUAGCGCAGCCGUCCUGCGAGCGGCAGGAUACGUCUCCCCAUUCCUCAGGAGUAAUGGACAGGUAACAGGAUACUGUUCUGCUGUGGUGCAAGAGAGUAAGAAUGACAGAGUGCUUCCUGCCUCCUACAAGCAGUCCCAGCGAACACCGCAGGGUAGAGCAUGGUGGAAGUCUGGCCAGGACCCCAAGCUCUGAAGAAAUCAGCCCAACCAAAUUCCCUGGCUUAUAUCGCACGGGUGAGGCUUCCCCACCUCAUGACAGCCUCCACGAACCUCCUGAUAUUGUGUCUGAUGAUGAGAAAGAACAUGGGAAGAAGAAAGGAAAAUUUAAGAAAAAGGAGAAAAGAACGGAAGGUUACGCAGCUUUUCAGGAAGAUAGCUCAGGGGAUGAAGCUGAAAGUCCUUCCAAGCUAAAACGCUCUAAAGGGAUUCAUGUUUUUAAGAAGCCAAGUUUUUCCAAAAAGAAGGAAAAGGACUUUAAGAUAAAAGAAAAACCCAAAGAUGAAAAGCAUAAAGAUGACAAGCACAAGGAAGAGAAGCAUAAAGAGAAGAAAUCAAAAGACUUGACAGCAGCAGAUGUUGUUAAACAAUGGAAAGAGAAGAAGAAAAAGAAAAAAACAGUUCAAGAGGUAGAAAUGCCACCGGUGGAUGUUCCCAGGCACAGGCCUGUGUUUGGAGUCCCUUUGAGUGAUGCAGCAGAAAGGACCAUGUUGUAUGAUGGCAUCCGCCUACCAGCAGUUUUCCGGGAAUGUAUAGAUUAUGUAGAGAAAUACGGCAUGAAAUGCGAAGGCAUCUACAGAGUUUCAGGAAUUAAAUCAAAGGUGGAUGAGCUAAAAGCUGCGUAUGACCGAGAAGAAUCCCCCAAUCUAGAGGAGUAUGAGCCCAAUACAGUAGCUAGCUUGUUGAAACAGUACCUGCGUGAACUUCCUGAAAACUUGCUUACCAAAGAGCUGAUGCCUCGCUUUGAAGAUGCUUGUGGGAAGAGCCUGGAGGCUGAGAAACGGCAGGAGUGCCAGCGCCUCCUGAAAGAGCUACCAGAAUGUAACUUCCUUUUGAUUUCCUGGCUGAUUGUGCACAUGGACCACGUCAUUGCAAAGGAGCUAGAAACAAAGAUGAAUAUCCAGAACAUUUCCAUAGUGCUCAGCCCAACUGUCCAGAUCAGCAACCGUGUCCUUUAUGUGUUUUUCACCCACGUACAAGAGUUCUUUGGAAGUGUGGUCCUCAAACCAGUAACAAAGCCUCUUCGCUGGUCUAACAUGGCAACCAUGCCAGCAUUGCCAGAAACACAGGAAAACAUUAAAGAAGAGAUCCGAAGACAGGAGUUUCUUUUGAACUGUUUGCACCGAGACCUUCAGGUAGGGAUUAAAGAUUUAUCCAAAGAAGAAAGAUUAUGGGAAGUGCAAAGGAUUUUGACGGCUCUCAAAAGGAAGCUAAGAGAAGCUAAAAGACAAGAAUGUGAAACAAAGAUUGCACGAGAAAUUGCUAGUCUUUCAAAGGAGGAUGUUUCCAAAGAAGAAAUGAAUGAAAAUGAAGAAGUUAUAAAUAUUUUGCUGGCUCAGGAGAAUGAGAUUUUGACAGAACAGGAAGAGCUGCUAACAAUGGAACAGUUCUUGCGUCGGCAAAUUGCAUCCGAAAAGGAGGAAAUAGAUCGUCUCCGAGCAGAAAUAGCAGAAAUUCAGAGUCGCCAGCAUGGUCGCAGUGAGACCGAAGAGUAUUCUUCUGAGAGUGAGAGUGAGAGUGAAGAUGAAGAAGAGCUACAGAUAAUCUUAGAAGAUUUGCAACGGCAGAAUGAAGAAUUAGAGGUUAAGAAUAACCAUCUGAACCAAGCAAUUCAUGAGGAGCGCGAGGCCAUCAUUGAACUGCGAGUGCAGCUUCGCCUGUUGCAGAUACAGCGAGCCAAAACGGAGCAGCAGGUGCAGGAAGAGGAAGAGCCGGAGAAACGAGGGGGCCCAGUGCAGCAGCAGCAGCCGCCCCUGCCAAGAGACAGCGUCCUGGAGACAAAAGCUACGAAAGAGCAGCCAAAGGCAGUCCAGGAACCAAUGAAGCCAUCUCCCAGCAAGGACAGAAAGGAAACUCCAAUUUAAUUGGGUUUCUGAGCAUUCGGAUUCUUACCUGUGCAAAGCCAGGACUGUGCAACUUACUGUAAAUCUGUGGCUUGUAUAUUCUGUAAAUAUUUUCUCUUUUACAUUCUGGGGAUAUUUUGUCUCCGUCCUUUGUGUGGCUUCUGCCUAUCAGGCUCAGGUUACUUGGAAAGAUAAAGCAGUUAGAGAGAGAGACAUGGCAGGAGAGGGCAGCUCCUUAGUUACUCAGCCUGUCAGACAUCAGCUUUGGCUGAUCUUUGUGAACUGAGGGGGUGAUGGUGUAUUUUAAAAUGAUUAUGUACUCACUCUGGAGCAGACAGAUUUCAGUUUCUCUCAUGCAUUAUCUGUCCAAGGGCUACUUCAUAUGAGAUACUUCAUAGCACAGAUGUAGGAAAAAGUGCAUACACUGCUGGGCAUUUAACAAUGUAUCUGAUAGUUCUUGACCACCAGAAAUUUCAGGUAGAGGUAGAGAAGGUUGGGAUAGAGGGACAUAUUCCCUCCUCCCGUCUGUUCCUUUGGUCAUCUUUCUGGACACACAAUAUGCAGAAGACCCUAUUUCUCUCUGACCAGCACCAAAAUCAACAGGUUGGCAGAAGGGGAGAGCACUCCAUGGCCACUCUCUGUGCCAUUUGGUGGUAAUCUAAUUUAAAAGGAAGUUUGGUAAGAAGCAUUUCCUCUUUGGUUUGAAAAGGGACUUCCUCUUAGCAUAGAAAUGGCUUUUGUGAGGUUAUUUACAAGGCUGAUAUACCUCUGUUGGUGCAGAUGUCUGUUAAGUGUUUAAGAGAAGCUGCAGUUGGCACAGCAAAAUAGAUGUUUGCAAGGGUGUCCCACAAUGGUCCAUGCUUUUCUGUGUCAGGGUGAAGAAACUGUAUGAAAAGUGGCUGUUGGCUAAGAACGGGGAGAUCCAUAUCCCAUUCAUCUCCCUGCUUUGUAACUUUUUGCUCUCAUUCCUCGUAAUUGUUUUUAUUCACUCUUACUUGUGCCUUUCAGUAACAAAGGAGCUUUACAAAUAGAUGUACCCAAACAGUGGAAGGUCUUCAAAUGCAAAACUUUAGUAUUAUGUAACAUGUUCUUUUCAUCUGACUUUUUUAAAGCUUCAUGAAAGUACAUGUAAAACUAAGCUGAAAAGAUUGAUAAGCACAUAUCUGUAAGUCAGAGCUAUCCACUAAGAACUCUCAAACCCUGUCAAUGCACUUAAAUAUAGAGCUGAUUAAUGGGGAAUGCCAAUUAAUUAGAAGUGAGAAUGGAAGCAGUGUAUAGGUUUAUAGCAAACCUCAUAAUGCUGACAUUUCCUUCUUUCAAUAAUUUAAAGAAAUGAGUGAAUAUUGCUGAUAGCCAGCUUAAAAUCUUUAAUUAUCAAGGGCCUAGUUUAGGAAAAGGAGUUGGGGGUGAUUUUUGUUGCACACUUUCUUGGAUGGAUUAAGAGCACUUUGAAGUACAGUGCAACGCAGAAGUACACCAGUCUCCAUCUGGAUCUUGGAACUGGAGUGAAUGAUAAGAAACCAUCUUGACCAUUUUAGUGAGCUUGAAAGAAACAUUAUAUUCAGAAAGGGCUCCAAAAUGGUUCUAGAACUUGUGCUGGUUUCUGGUACACUUUUGAAAGUGUGGCAUAAGCGCUUUGGAGGUCCACUCAAGCACAGUGCAAUGGAGGGGAGAAGGUCCAUCUUCCAAGCUAUCCCUUGUGUUUCCUAAAAGGCAGUAGGGGAGCAUAUUUGUGAACAUUUGUGUGCUUAAAGAGGGUGAUUCCCCCCCAAAAUAAAAUUGUCAUCCUAAAGCUGGUAAUAUAUAUUCAUAAAUUUGUAAUGGAAAGGUUUAGCUGCCUUAUGCUUAAUUAGAACCAUUGCCAGCAGUGAAUUUUAAAUUGUGGCUUCUCAGAGCCACAUCAUUUAAAAUCCCAAUUCAAUUUGAAAUGGUUGAUGUUAAUUGAACUUCACAGGGUGCUUGUAGCUUAUUUAGUUUCUGUCUGUAAUAUUUAUUUUUUAUGUGGUGGUUUUCUUUGCUUAUUGCACUGUUGUGAAUCAUUGGCCAUGAUUUAAUGUUUGUACAAAUAACACUGAGAUGCAUUCUAAAGAACGGCUUAUUUUUUUUAAAACUUAAAGUAAAUUUAUGGAAGUUGGUCAGAUGACAGUUGUAUGUGCAUAAUUUUUUUUGGUCUGUUACAUACAUUUUAUAUUUUCUGACAGUAUUUAAACCUUUUUGUUUUCAAUUCAUAACUAAUUUCUAUUAAAUUGUCAAACUUUUAUAAUCAAUGUUCAUCAAAUACCUUGAUAUUGGUUAAGUUUUGUCUUUCAGGAACAUGUUAAUCAAGGAAAUAAAUUCAACAGCCAUAUGCCAAUGGUUUUAUUGAAUUAAAAAAUGGUAAGAUGCACAAAUAAAUUGUUUCUCUGGCCCACUUUCAAAGCCCUGAUGCAGUAAUAACUGGCUGAAUCUAUAAUGAAAUAUGUUUGUAUUAAAUAAAUGCAAUUCUACAAAACAAAGCUACAAGGAGCAGCA